AUGCCAAAACUGACGGGCAAAGAGCUGAAACGAUAUUACGCCGAGAUAAGAGAGCUAAUGAAGUGUCCCGUUUGCUACGAUCUGGUGAGUCCCCCCGUCAAAGUGUGCCGCUAUGGCCACGCCGUUUGCAACAGCUGUUUACCCAGUGUCACCGAGUGUCCUCUUUGCAAGUCGCUCUUCAGCGCGGGCAAGCAGACGCUUCUGGACAAUUUCCUAACCGCUUUUCCGUACCCCUGCCCGUUCAGCGAAGACGGCUGCGACCAGGUGCACCCUCUGACGUCACACCGGAAACACGUCCGCGACUGCGACUUCCGGAAAUCCAGGUGUGCCGAGUUCCGCUGCAGGUGGACAGGCAGGUCCUCCGAGCUUCUUCCGCAUUUCCGCGUCCGACACCCUCGAAAGCUCUGGAUCGGGGAGCAAUUCACGAUUCGUUUCCGGAACUUCGUGCUGGGCCACGUCAUGAACGAAGUUAGGGCCAUUUCCGCUUUCGGCAGGUCUUUCUUCUUCCGCUUCCGAAAUUAUCCGCACGAGCGCUGCUGCAUCGCCGCUGUCCAGACGUUCGGCGCGCCGGCCAGUGCCGAGAAUUUCGACUAUUCCUUGGAAUUUUUCUCGGCAGACAAGAAAUUCAGCGUGGUAUUCUGCAGCCGGACUCACCCUGAUGACGAGAUGGUGUUCGCUCGGAGCAACUCUAGUUUCUCGUUAAUGCACGGCGCUCUCAAGUCUUUCAUCGUUGACGGCGUGUUGAGUGGGAAACUGUCUAUACAGCGGCGUAAGUCGAAAAAUAUAAAACGAGCCGAUCGUGGAACCGUGUAA